GGGGGUUAUAAGACGGGGCGAGGCAGGUGGGGGCAGGAUCCUGCCCAGGAUGUCUGCGAGUCUGGAGAGCCGAUCUAGAGACAAUGGCCCCGAGGGAAUGGACCCCGAUGGCAUCAUUGAGAGCAACUGGAAUGAGAUCGUUGACAGCUUUGACGACAUGAACCUGUCGGAGUCCCUGCUGCGGGGAAUCUAUGCCUAUGGGUUUGAGAAGCCCUCCGCCAUCCAGCAGCGAGCCAUUCUUCCUUGUAUCAAGGGUUACGAUGUCAUUGCACAAGCUCAGUCUGGCACUGGGAAGACGGCCACCUUCGCCAUUUCUAUCCUCCAGCAGAUCGAGCUGGACCUCAAGGCGACCCAGGCCUUGGUGCUGGCCCCAACCCGGGAGUUGGCCCAGCAGAUCCAGAAGGUCGUGAUGGCCCUCGGGGACUACAUGGGGGCUUCGUGCCACGCCUGUAUUGGGGGCACCAACGUCCGGGCCGAGGUGCAGAAGCUGCAGAUGGAAGCCCCCCAUAUCAUUGUGGGGACUCCGGGCCGUGUCUUCGACAUGUUGAACAGGAGAUACCUGUCUCCCAAAUUCAUUAAGAUGUUCGUGCUGGACGAGGCCGACGAGAUGCUCAGCCGGGGCUUCAAGGAUCAGAUUUACGACAUAUUCCAGAAGCUGAGCGGGAACACCCAGGUGGUGCUCCUGUCGGCCACGAUGCCCAUGGACGUGCUGGAGGUGACCAAGAAGUUCAUGCGGGACCCGAUCCGCAUCCUGGUGAAGAAGGAGGAGCUGACCCUGGAGGGCAUCCGGCAGUUUUACAUCAAUGUUGAGAGAGAGGAGUGGAAGCUGGACACGCUCUGUGAUCUCUACGAGACCCUGACCAUCACCCAAGCUGUGAUCUUCAUCAACACCCGCCGGAAGGUGGACUGGCUCACCGAGAAGAUGCACGCUCGGGACUUCACCGUCUCUGCCAUGCACGGAGACAUGGACCAAAAGGAGCGGGACGUGAUCAUGCGGGAAUUUCGCUCCGGCUCCAGCCGGGUUCUCAUCACCACUGACCUGCUGGCCCGUGGCAUUGACGUGCAGCAGGUGUCGCUUGUCAUCAACUACGAUCUGCCCACCAACCGUGAGAACUACAUCCACAGGAUCGGCCGAGGGGGGCGCUUUGGCCGGAAGGGGGUGGCCAUCAACAUGGUGACAGAAGAGGACAAGCGCACCCUGCGCGACAUCGAGACCUUCUACAACACCUCCAUUGAGGAGAUGCCCUUGAACGUGGCCGACCUCAUCUGAGCGCCCCCCGGUGGGCGCCCCGGGCGCUGCGCCCGCGAGCUGCUCGCACGUGCUGCCUCCGGACACUUUUUUUAAUUAUUUUCCUCUUUUUGGGUUUCUUUAUUUUUGGUUCUUUUGAAUAAAUGUCACUUUUUGGAGGUGAAAAAAAAUCCACUUUAGUGUUUCGUGGCAUUUCUCUUGUCUCUGUCCACUUCUCGCUGUCUCAUGCUGGGGGACCCAGGCGCCAAAGCCUCCCGGGGCGUCCUGGCCUGUGGGGUCCCCCCCUCUCCCCCGUUUCCUUCAUGUUCCUAGAACAGGGUGUGCCCGGACGCCUGGGUUCUCGACAGCUAGCGCAGAACCCAGGCGUCCUGGCUGUGAUCGGCUCGAGAUGGGGAGAGAAUCCAGGGUUUCCCUCCUUUUAAUUGGGGGUGGGGCAGGUGGGACCCAGGCAUCCUGGCUCCUCCUGUCCCCUGUAUCGGCUCAGACAUGUGCCCUGGGAUUUGCUAGGUUCUCUCCCCGCUCCAGCGUAGAACCCAGGAGUCCUGCUCUCCCAGCCCCCCAACGAUCUGGCCAUCUCUUAACAAGCCCCCACCCUAAGCUACCCCACCCUGAUCCUGGUGCUAAAUCGAACUGUUUGCAAGUCGGACCUACCUCAGGGUUGGUAGCUGUCGGGGGAGGGAGCCCCCCAAAUCAGUUGCCCCCAAAACAUUAAGCUAGAAAUUUCUCCCCCCCUGCACUCAAUUUUUUUCCCCCAUCCAACAAAAUUGUGUGCGACUUUUUUACUUUUUUUGUAUAGUAUUUAUUGAAAGGAAACGAACAUACCAAAUAAAAAUCUUCUUUCAAAAUGGCA